GUGAAUGAGGGUAUGGAGGGGAGUUUCCUCCAUCAAUUGUCAACGGGUCUGAUGGACCAGCUCUCUGUAUAAAAGACAGGUCAGAUCAGACCACAGACAUAGAACCAGAGCAUCAGCUAGACUUCUGACACAGAACCAGACCAGAACAUUAGAGAACAGAGCAUCAGAGAACAGAGCAUCAGAGACUAGAGCAUCAGAGACCAGAGCAUCAGAGACUAGAGCAUCAGAGACCAGAGCAUCAGAGACCAGAACAUCAGAGACCAGAGCAUCAGAGACCAGAGCAUCAGAGACCAGAUCCUCAGAGACCAGAACAUCAGAGACCAUCUAGACAAUACAAUCUUCAGCAUCUCAACCAUCUCUGAACCAUGAAGACCCUGACUUCUCUACUCCUCCUGGGACUGCUCUGCUCCCUCCAUAAGACGUCUGCACAGGGUGUCAUGGGGAUUUCAGUAAUGACUGCCAUAGACUGCUGUGUGAAGUUCCACCCAAAGAGGAUCCCUCUUGGUGCAGUGAUUUCAGUUUCUAGAACCCCUAGUAGCUGCCCUCGCCAAGCACUGGUGUUUACAACAAAGAAAAAUAUUCGAUUUUGUGUCGACCCAUCUCAGGCCUGGGUCCAGAGUCAUGUGACCAAGAUUGAGAGCAGAUCGAUGACGUCAUCAACCACCACCGCCACAGACUAACUACCAUAGCUGUCAGAUCUGUCAAGAAAAUAGAAUGUUAUAUAUUUUUUGUACAUACAGUAAUAUUAUUUAAUUCUUAUUUAUUUACCAUACUGUGAAGUUACCUUGUAUUUUGAAAUGAUUUGUUUUGUCAACAAAUUAUUUUUUAUACUUCAGCAAUAAAGAUAAAUAAUGUCAACAUUUUA